UACCGAGAGCAUCGAGGGUGCGGUUUAAUUUUUCUUCCCACGCUUUUCUUUUCGGUCGAGUAAACCAUACACGCUUUCGUCUGUUUUUCUUACUCUUUAUAAUCGCGCUUCCUACGAGGUGUUAACGAGUAGUAUCGACCUCUCCUCGACGAAGUUUCUCUUCGAUACGUCGAGCAGUGUACAUCGCACGAAGGUCGCCUGGCACGCGCUGCUACAAUUCCUGCUCCCGAGUAGUGGGGGGAUUCGGAUCCGUGAUAUGACCUUAGUGGGGUCCAAGGAGGAGAGCGUUCUGCCCAUCAUGCUAAGUGUGCAGCAGCAACAUCACCACCAUGGCCUUCACGCCACUUCGAGCGCGCAGACCCAUCGCGGCAACGUGAUAGUCUCCACCAACAGUAUGCCAACCAACAACAGUACUCUACAACACGGAUGCAAGCGAUCCAAGAUCUACGGUCAAGCAACUGGACCUUAUGGCACGGUACCACAUCAGCCUGCCUCGGUGGCUAGGCGAAACGCGCGUGAGCGCAACAGGGUAAAACAGGUGAACAACGGGUUCGCCACUUUGAGACAACAUAUACCACAGACAGUAGCACAAGCACUAGGAAGUAGUACUGCUGGUACUCAUGGAGGAUCCAGAGCUGGCAGUAAGAAAUUAUCUAAAGUGGAGACCUUGAGGAUGGCAGUGGAAUACAUCAGGAGUCUUCAACGUCUUCUAGAAGAACACGAUGGUGGCUCCGAGUCCAUCGGAUCUUCGCCCACUUCUUCAACAUCCUCCAACUCUGAAAAUGGAGUGAGUUCCGAUUCUAAUCAUUCGGCGGAAUUAAGACUACGAGGUAGCAUCACCGGGGAGAUCCGUCAUCACGGUAGUCCACAUGGAUCUGAUCUCCGACAUCAACACCUUAGGCAGAACCCAAGUCCAACGACUUUUGUCCCGACAACAUGCUCGGAGACGUCGAGUUCACCAACGCCAAGCUUCGUCUCCGAAACUUCGUCAGCCGGAAGUCAAGGUUACAGCACACCUGGCACUCUUUACGCGACGCAUUCUGACAGUUACGAUAAUUACGAGCCAAUGAGCCCGGAGGACGAAGAGUUGCUAGAUGUCAUCUCCUGGUGGCAACAAAGUCAGUGAGGAUGUCGAUGUCGCUGGUCUCUACAUCCUUCUGAAGCAAUGACCAAAUGCAAAGGCACGCGUGUAGGUCAAAAAUCAAAAACAAUGCAAACAAGAGAAAUAAAGGUAAACGAAGA